ACGAUGUGCUAUCAAAACCCCAUCCAGAGGGUAGAGAUGGGUCCUGCUUGUGCUCAGCUCCUCUUCGCUGCCAUCUUCUGGGCAAUGCCUUACACUGGAGCUGCUGCUGUGCUGUCUCUGUCCAAAUCCAACCAGACAGACCUUCUCCAACUAACUAGGUCUGCCUUCGAGGCAGAGUCUGACUGGAGUAAUCGGAAUCUUACUAGCAUCGACAUGCCUCGUAGCCGAAGGAGGAGAGCCAUCUCCUCCAGAGAAAUGAAUGCCUUGUUGGAUUAUCACAACCGUGUCCGCUCCCAGGUCUUCCCUCAAGCUGCCAACAUGGAGAUCAUGGUGUGGGAUGGGAAACUGGCAAAAUCAGCAGAUUCCUGGGCUUCCCGCUGCAUAUGGGAUCAUGGACCCUCACAGACCAUGAGAUAUAUGGGCCAAAACCUGUCCAUCAACUCUGGCAGAUACCGAUCAGUCAUUGAGCUGGUGAGGUCCUGGCAGGAUGAGAAAAACUCAUUCUCCUACCCCAACACAUGCAGUGGACCAGUUUGUUCCCACUAUACACAGAUGGUAUGGGCCAAUACCAAUAGGAUGGGAUGUGCCAUCAACAAGUGCUCAAACAUGAACGUGUAUGGGAGCUCUUGGAGAACAGCAGUGUUCCUGGUUUGCAACUACUCUAUCAAAGGGAACUGGGUUGGAGAGGCUCCCUACAAGAGUGGCAAACCAUGCUCUGCUUGUCCAUCAAAAUAUGGAGGUUCGUGUAACAGAAACCAGUGUUCCUCCGCUGGUUCAAAAGUCAAAGCCAAGAAACGAAAAAGAUAUUAAAACAAGUUGGACGUCAGUCACAUUUUCCCUGUUUUAAUGGAAGACUUUAAAUGAUUAACUGUUUCCUGUUGAACCAUUCCAUUGAUCUCAUAGAAAAAAACUGCAAGAGAAGAUGUGUGAGAUGCGAAGAAUUUCUAAAUAAUAAUAGUAAUUUAAAAAAACAAUAACUGGUUUUGCAAAGUUGGAAGUAACUAAAAAUGACAAAAACGUUUCUGUGAUUAAAUUACAGUACCACUAUGAUGAUGAUGAUCAUGAUCAUGAUGAUGUCAAUUCUCUCCUCUGCAUGGAAAUAAGCCUAAUUAUAAGCCUAAGGAACUUAAACUCUUGGGUUGCAAAGCUCCAUUUGGGGCCAGGACAUACAGAACCCAGCUACCUAAAACCACAAGGGAAUUAUGUUGUAUUCAUCUGAUUAUGUCCUUGAGAAGAUGAGUUCAAUAUAUUUGUAGGUCUAUGCCAACGUGUUUGAUAAGUCCACAAACUGUUUGCACUGUUUUUGGUUGAUUAUUCGGCUCGAGUGACAUUUUGCGAAGCUAUUUGUAUUGAAAAUGAAGCACUUUUAUAGUUCACUGUUUUCGUUUAAAAAAAAAUUGUAUAAUACAUGUUUACUGUAAAUUUAGAGACAUAGAUCAUUUUUAUGAAUUGUUCUGUUGUAGACCAAUUAUCUUUUAUAACAUUGUAAUUCACUUAUUAGAGGUCAUGAUUGGCCUGAAAAUGACAACACUGUCAAGCAUUCUUUUAAUAAAAAAGAAAGGAGUUUA